AUGGGAGCAGUUGAGGGACAGAGGAGCCUCCAACUCCACAGCUUGGUGGUGCACCUCAAAGCCACAACCUCCUGGGCUCAAACCAAAGAAAAACGCGCUAAGCAUCCGGGUUUCUUGACGCUGAGAACUGGUAAAAGCCUCCAAUCUCCCUGCCAGCGACUCCCGCGAGGAGGCAUCCGGGUGCACGUUCCUUUCCCACCCCAAAGGUCCCGGACCAUCCUGGGCGCGCGCGUGGAGAAAGUUUAUGGAAUUGUAUUAGAUCUGCAGGGAGGUUCCAAGUUCCGCAGUGAGUUGGUUCUUGGCGGCGCGGUGGUCUCGCUCGCUUCCCGCCGUCUAAUUGGCCUCUCCCUCUGCCUCCCCAACGCGUGGUCCUUCUCCCGUUCCCCCUCCUGCUCCCACUCCCGGCCGCCCGGAGCUGCCUCCUCCUCUCCAGCUCUCUCCGCUGCUAGGCGCCCAGGAUCAGAUAAGAGGACUGGGAGGCCAGCCGGCGGCCAAUUACAGAGCGGAAGGGAUGCUCAGAGGAGUCCGCGCCGCAACGCCCACGGCGCCCCCGCCUCCCAACCCCAGACCUGGCCGCCGCCGCAGGUGCGCUCCAGAGCUGGAUGUCGGGCGCCGGGGAAGGGCUGCUUUUGCCCCUGCACUCCUACCGAGGCUAGUAUGGGGCUUAGGCACCCGGCCCCGCGGUCUGUGCGAUGUCGAGAGCUCUCCCGCACUCAAAUACUCUUUGCCCACUUCUCCAUUCCCAAGACGAGCCUUACCUUUCUGCGUCAAGGACCCUACGCUGGGCGACCUGUAUCCCCCAGUAAGGGGUACCCUCUCUCCAUUUCUCUCCCUUCCGAACAAUUCCGAACAAGGGCUAUAAAACAACAAAGUAGCGAAGCUCAAACUUUAAUGGGCAGGAGAAUCAUCUGGAGGUGUAGAAACGGACAUGCUUGUAGGUUUCAAAGGUCAGUAGUGGCCUGUGCUGGGACUUCAUAAGCAUCAGGUUCCCUUCCAAUAGGUCUGGCAGAGGCCAGGGACUCUGCGUUUAUCACUCUGGUGAUUCUGAUGCAUGCAGGCCAGCCUCCAAAAGGUAGUCUACCCUGAGACUUUGAAGAAUACGGGGCGCUUCAGAGCCCGCGCCCAGUCUUUCGGGACAGCCCUGCGAUGUCACCCUCUGGGCCCCCUUAGAAAGUCAACAUCUUUACCCAUUUCUGAACAGUGCAAACAACCCUCCCUCCCCCGGCGUUCUUUACAGUCCAGCCUGCCGUGUGUGCACAAAUGUUGGGGAGGGUGGUAUAGAAACUGAGAAGUUAGCAAAAACUCAUUUUUAUGAGAAUAUACUUUCUCGUCUUGAAGGACUGAAGUGAGUAUUUCACCACCAAUAAAGGCUGGUGAUGGGAGAGAAGAGCAAGCGCAAGCGGUUCUCUUACAAGCGCCAGAACCAUUCUGAACCAUUCUCAUGCCCAGCUGAGAACACAGCAAGAGGGGCUGUGACGUUUGAAACCUUUCAAGGGGGUCUUCCACCCUAACCAUACCAACCUAACCAUCCCAACCGCUGUUAGCCACUUCCUCUGCUUUCCCCGAAAAUGCGUGGUGUGUGCAUCCUGAGCUUCCUCGCCCGCUGUGCUAUUGGAGUGGAAAGGGCUCGCUCCGGCGCCCACCGCCGCCCUGAGUCCAGCGAUCCCUUUCCAAACCGUCCUCACUGAACUCAAUUCUCUGGGGUCAAGCAGCCCUCGCAACUAUUUAGGAAACAGGCGUUUAGUACAAACGCUCCAGAUGCAAAUAAGGCAAGUGUGCGAGCGCCACCUGGUGUCUGCGCCUGGGGUUUGGGAAAGGGCGGGAACUGGAAAGCUACUCUCCACCCUAGAUUGACAGGCAGGGACAAGAAUGCCUGAAAUGCAGUAUUUACUCCUGGAAACAACUCUCAACUUUAGAUGGAUCUCCUUUCUUCUUCGCCCCACUACCCGCAAUGCAAGUACCUACUCCCUUCAUACUGUGUUCCCCUUUUCACUAAUAAAAUCUACUUAAUGUCCUUCAUUUUGACCAAGAUGUAGAUGACUAGUAUAACUUAGCUUUUCUUAUAAUUCCCUUAGGGCAGGAGUGGUAUGUUAGCACAGUUUUAAGCAAAAGGGGAGGAAAAGUAUUUAUUAUGAAAGUAUAGAAAAUUGAAAAUGAAGAAUUUCCUGAUGAUUUUUAAGUGCUUAAUGUGUGCAUAUGAAAUAUAAAAACCCAUAUACAGCAGAGAAGCAUAUUUGUUCAAUAAAAAUCUUAUA